UGCUCUCGCAACCCCAGUACAGUUGCCUCGGUCCUCCUUGAGUGUUGGUCCCAAAGACGCCACCUCCCACGGUAUCCUUUCAAUUUCCUACCUGUCUCUCCUUUGUGUUUCACCUAUUCGUCACCUGUCUCCUGGACCAUUUGCGUUUGUGGUUAUCCCAUCUGUUUCUGUUGCGAACUCUCCCGUCUGUUGAUAGGUCCCAUUUACUUUCAACUGCGGGUUGGACCAUGACAGGUGCGCGCUCCUAGCCUACUGGAUCAGGGAGAAAUAAGCGCAUCUUCACUGUCAAUUUCAAUGGCAAUGGACGAAGACGAAGAUACCGUCAUGGGAGAGGCGGGCUCUCACAACCUGCCCUCUGUUGCUUCACAUGGCUGGACAAACAAUGAUCCUGGUCUUCAGGGCAAUGGCCAGCUUAAUGGUAGGUCAGACCCAUCGAUUGCACCGCCGCUUCUGGGUCAGAGUGUGAAGCUGCCGCUCUCUGAACCCUCGGGAGACUCGCGGACAGAGAACGCGGCAGAUACAGAAAACCAAGGGGUAUCGCCCCCGAAAAGCCUGCCCAAAUCAGUCGACUCUGGCGAUGCCACUACUGAAGACUUCGAUAAGCAAGAUAGUCUUGUCGAGGAGAAUUCCGACUGGACUGACGAGGAUACAAUUGCCCGCACCGGGCUUCCUCUUGCCUCCCUUCCUUCAGGGUUAUGCUAUGAUGUUCAGAUGCGCUAUCACUGUGAAGUGCGACCGACAGCGGACGUUCAUCCAGAGGAUCCUAGACGGAUCUACUACAUCUACAAGGAGCUUUGUCGAGCAGGGCUUGUUGAUGACCCGGAGUCGUGUCGACCCCUUGUGGCACGACCGCUGAAACGCAUCGAUGCUCGCAAUGCCACCGAAGCAGAAAUCUCGCUUAUUCAUACGCCCGAUCAUUUUGCAUUUGUAGCGAGCACCAAAGACAUGUCUGAUGACGAGUUGAUUGCAUUGGAACACACACGUGAUUCGAUCUACUUCAAUAAAUUGACAUUUGCAUCUUCAAUCUUAUCAGUUGGUGGAGCGAUCGAGACAUGCUUGGCUGUUGCAACCCGGAAAGUAAAAAAUGCCAUCGCAGUCAUCCGGCCUCCUGGGCAUCAUGCCGAACAGGACAAGACGAUGGGAUUUUGUCUGUUUAAUAAUGUCUCUGUGGCGACGCGUGUCUGUCAGAACCGACUUGGAGACCGGUGUAGAAAGAUUCUGAUCCUUGACUGGGACGUUCAUCAUGGGAAUGGGAUCCAGAAAGCCUUCUAUGAUGACCCUAAUGUACUAUACAUCUCACUCCAUGUGUAUUCGGAUGGGAAGUUCUAUCCUGGGGGUGAAGAGGGUGAUUGGGAUCAUUGCGGUGAAGGCGCAGGCGUUGGGAGAAAUGUGAACAUACCUUGGCCCAGCCAGGGCAUGGGUGAUGGCGAUUACAUGUAUGCUUUUCAACAGGUUGUCAUGCCGAUCGCGCAUGAAUUCAACCCAGAUCUGGUUAUUGUUGCCUCUGGUUUUGAUGCAGCUGCGGGCGAUGAGCUUGGAGGGUGUUUUGUUACACCUUCGUGCUACGCCCACAUGACACACAUGCUCAUGACGCUUGCUAACGGCAAAGUUGCCGUCUGUCUCGAGGGUGGCUAUAACUUCAGGUCCAUUUCAAAGUCAGCACUUGCAGUCACGAAGACUCUGAUGGGAGACCCGCCGGAUCGACUCCAUACUACUUCACCUUCUGCGCUGGCAACCACUACUGUACGGCGCGUGAUGAUGAUCCAGUCGCGUUAUUGGCAGUGCAUGUAUCCGAAGGGGCCUCCCCAGGAUGGGCUCUUCACUGAUAGACUUCAUGAUGUCAUACGUGCUUACCAGGCGAAACAACUCUACGAUAACUACAAGCUCACAUCACUCUUCAUUUAUCGGACGGCCAUCUCCAAGUCAUUCGAGAACCAAGUUCUAGCAAGUCCCAACUAUCAUCAAUCAGUGCCUCUUUUGGUGAUAUUUCAUGAUCCACCAGAGAUCAUGGGCUUGCCCCAUCCCGUCACUAACAAGCUGGAGGCCCACAACUGCUGGCUGGCUGAUGUCAUGAAGGACUACAUCGGAUGGGCUGUCGGCAAGGGGUAUGCGGUGAUUGAUGUUAAUAUCCCCAAGCAUGUAACGAUCGAUCCUUCAUCUGGUAAAUACGAGGAAGAAGACGAGAAUCGGCCUACUGCUACCGAGGAAUUAGCAGGAUACCUGUGGGAUAACUAUAUCGAACCGAGCGAGGCCACCGAAAUCUUCUUCAUGGGUAUCGGCAAUGCGUUUUACGGGGUAGCCAAUCUACUAAUCAACCGAGAGACAUUGUACAAACGAGUCAACAGUGUGGUUUCGUUUGUGGCCGAGAACCCGGUUCGCGCCAUCGCCUCCCAUACGCAGGUCUGGCUGUCGCGGUGGUACAAGGAUAACUCCCUCGUAUUUGUCUCACAUACGCACGGCGUCUGGAACAGCGUCGAGACACGGCGCAAGCCAUCCAAGCGCUACGGCCAACUCGUUCAAUCGCCCAAGACCAGUCUCAGUGAGAUGCUCAUGCACCACAAAGAAGAGGCCUAUCAAUGGAUCUCCGAGCGAGCCGAUGUGCACGAGAGUGAGACCGAAGAAGAAAAGAAGCCCAAGCCUAAGAGCCGGUCCCCGACGAAGGAGAACCCAGGGGAGCCUCGUUCGGUGGCAAGCUAGGUGUAUUUUGAAACUUGCAUUGGUGUUGCGAUCUUUGUGUGGGAUGCAUGUGUUGGCAGUAGGUCAUUUUGUCUCGGAUUUUGCACUUGUAGCCUGCAGAGAUGGAUGAUACUGUACUUGAGAGCAUACUAUAGUUAAUAAGAGAAGACAGUGUUGAUGUCAUCAG